GGACGUUUCUUUUUUUUGCUGAGUUUAGUUAAAAUAAAGGGUUGUGGUUUUAGAUAGAGGUUGUGUUGGUCUUUUACAGAGGGUCCGCAGCAGAGCGGAGGAAAUGAUGCGAUAUGAAUAAACCUUGUGGAUUAUGAACAUGUGCAGAUGUGCCUUAAGGGGAGUGAGAUGUUGAGGUUCCUGGUCAGUAAGCCUUCCCUGUGUGAUGAAGGCUGAGUAAUUCUUGUAGCUUUUAUUUCUGUGUGUCUGGCCUUUUACCCAACCAGCUCCCUAUAAUGUCCCCCUACUGCCAUUAAAUACUGAACAAGCAAGCACUGUUUACCACAAAGUAACAUGGGCAGACACACAGAGACAGAUAGAGAUACAGAUGAAGAAAGAGAGAGAGAGAAAGAAACAGAUGGGCAGAUGGACUGUCAGAGAGACUGGCACGUUCCCAGAGAGAGAGAGAGGGUGACAGAAAAACAAAGUUAAGGGGAGAUACAGAGACAAGCAAACAGAAGGAUUCAGAGAGGGAAAGGAAACAGACAGAUGGACAGAACAUAACAGAACAGAAGACAGAAAGAGUGACACAUGCAGAUGGACACAUUGGGCCGUCAGUGUUCUGCAUGUGUGAGCAGGACAUUUGAGGCCACUGUCCACAGUCAUGUGCUUUCACCCCCUAACAAUCCCACAGUGGCCUGCUUGGUCCAAUGAGUUAAUUAGCGGUACGCAUCAGUACUCAUUCAGCUCCCUUCUGUCCCUUUCACACCUGGUGCCAUUCAAUUCACACUCACUGAAUACCACKUCUUGAGCUUGAUUCAAUCGCUCAUUUCACAAUCACAUGUUUUUGUUUAGGUUGAUGAUAAAUGGCGCUGAUGAGGGAUGCAUUGUCUGUGUCAGUGGUGGCUCGGACACAAUAUGUCAAAAGCAUCAGUUAAACUAUAAACCCUGGCGUUUUAGAGAACAGAGCAGAGAGAACAAAAGUCGCUCAUUAAGCAAGGCUCAAAGCAGAAUGCAUAGAUUACUGUUAUGACUUUAUUUUCUGUCCAUACCCAUCUCCUCCAGCUGCACACAGACAUGGACAGGGGCGAUGGGCGUACUAAGUACAUAUUAGAAGGAGAGGGGGUGGGGUCUGUGUUUGUCAUCGACGGGAACACAGGAAACAUCCACGUCACCAAGUCUCUGGACCGAGAGGACAAGGACCAGUACCGCCUGAUUGCUACAGCAACCAACCGCCAGACAGGCCGCGCCCUCGAACCCUCGUCCACGUUCAUCAUCAGAGUUCAGGAUAUCAACGACAACCCACCUGUCUUCCAGAAUGAGCCCUACACCGCCACUGUGCCCGAGAUGGCCAAUAUAGGUACAUCCAUAAUCCAGGUGACAGCCACGGAUGCAGACGACCCUACGUAUGGUAACAGUGCCAGGCUGGUGUAUGCUGUGACCCAGGGCCAGCAGUAUUUCUCUGUGGAUCCUCAGACAGGUGUCCUACGUACUGCUGUUACUGACAUGGACAGGGAGAGUCAGGACACCUAUCUGGUAGUCCUUGAGGCCAAAGACAUGGGGGGGCACCUGGGGGGGAUGUCAGGGACGACCACAGUCACUGUGAGGCUGAGUGAUGUCAACGACAACCCCCCUCACUUCAGGAAGAGUGCCUGGUCGUUCUCUAUCUCUGAGCUGGCAGCACCAGGUGUGGAGGUGGGUCGCCUCUCAGCAACAGAUGCUGAUCUGGGAGAUAAUGCCAUGCUGGAAUAUACCAUCCUGGACGGAGAGGAGGGAGACACAUUUAACAUCACCGGAAGAGACCAAGAAGCUGUCAUUGUACUAAACAAGUUGCUGGACUAUGAGAGUCGCAGUUCAUUCUCGUUCUCAGUGGAAGUUGUGAACCCCAUGGUGGAUGCACGGUUCCUACGGAAGGGGCCCUUUAAGGACUGUGCGACCGUAUGGGUCAUGGUCCUCAACGCAGACGAGCCCCCCCGCUUCUCCCGAUCCCGUUACCGUCUGGACGUGUCUGAGAACUGUCCUCCUGUCUGCAGCGUGGGCCAAGUAUCUGCUGUUGACCCAGACACAGGACAAAGCACAAACAUCAGGUACUCCAUUGAUCCCCAGUCUGACCUGGAGGCUCUGUUCCGUAUUACUUCUGACAGCGGCCUUAUCACCACCGUGAUGGAAUUGGACCGUGAGCGUGAGCAAUGGCAUAAUAUCACUGUCAUCGCCACACAGAGAGACAAUCCAAACCUUGUGACCAGGGUUGUGGUUGCCAUAGAGACACUGGACCAGAAUGAUAAUGCACCAGAGUUGGACAGACAGUACACAACAUCUGUGUGUGACUCCAGUACCCCUGGACAGGUUGUUCAGGUGGUGAGGGCAGUUGAUAGGGACCAGGGAGGACAGGACGUCACCAUCCACUUCAGCAUCCCUCCAGAGUCCAGCUCUGCUCUAAACCUCACCAUCAGGGAGAGUGGAGGUGCCACAGCCAGCCUUGUUCUCCAGUCGGCACUGCAGCCCCUCCCUGACUUCUCCUUCUCCCUCCUCACCCUGUACGUGCCCAUUGUGCUGCGGGAUGGGGUCUCCGGCCUCACCAACACCGGGACGGUUACCGUGAACGUAUGUCCCUGUCUGAGAGGGGGCAUGCGGGCCGAGGAGCGGGGGAGACAGAGGGACAGGGGCUGGGAGAGACAGACGGUAUGUCUGCCCCUGCCCUCAACCUCUCCAUCACUGAUCUUCAGUAUGGUCACCCUGCUGGCCCUGCUGGCCUGUGUCACUACACUCCUAGUGGUGUGUGCUCUGUCUCUGUCUCUGCGGCAUCAGAAGCGAGACUCCCACUCCCCAUUUGAGGAGGAUGAUGUGAGGGAGAACAUCAUUACCUACGAUGACGAAGGGGGAGGGGAGGCAGACACUGCUGCCUUUGACAUCACCACGCUCCAGAGCAUGCACAGAGUAGAGUGCAUGCAGGACAGCAGGAACAUAUGGUACACCCAGCAGAAUCAGGCCAGGGACAUGACGUACAGCUGGAGCCGGACCCCACACUCUACUGCGGACCCACAGCGUCCAGGCUCAGCCCCUGUAUACGGGCGCCUCUGCUACAGCAUUCACACCCUGCCUGUCCUCAGAGACUGUCACAAGGGGCCAACACCGUUCCAGUCAGGUCUGCAGCUGGCCAAACUGAUGGGAACCUAUGAGCUUCCUGGCAAUCACAUGGAUAAUAACUCCCUAGUCAUCCAGAACCAGGGCAGCUUUGAUCUACUGGAGCCUGAGGCGAUUCAUCUCAACUCUGCUGAGCCAUGGUGCCCCAGGAGAGAUGGACCAGAGAGCUGGGUGGCUAACAGCAGACCCACAGAAAAAGAGGAAGGCAGGGAGACCAACACUGACACCCAGCAGCAGCUGCAUCUCGAGCAGGCACCAAUCACAACACAGCCUGAGUCUGUACUGACAGAUGAAGCACUGGUUCUGACCUAUUCUGUCCCAAAUGGCUCAUCCUCUCAGAGUCACAGCAGCAGCAUCUCUUCAUCAGAGCAGCAGGUGAACAAUCCAGACCUCUUUCCCUCCCACACUAUCACCACCAGAGCUUCUAACUCUGCAGUAGAUGACACAGACACAGAUUCCUCUACUCUCCCCAGCUCAGAGAAGAAUGAAGACACUGUUGGUGUUAGCCAGAUAAAUACUAAUAACAUCCACACUAAUCUACUGGGGGACUCAACAUACAGCAUUGUGGGUUCACUAAACCAGGGCAGUGGAGGGAUACCUGUGACCGGGACUACUUUGUAUCCAGGCAGUGCAGAAUUCCUGAACAUGUAUGCGCUGAGUAGGAGGGAACUGACCCCACUGCUACUACCCCUCUCUGGAGGCAUGCUGGGAUACGGCAGGGGGUGGGGUUGUGAGAGGAAACUGGUGGCUGACAUGGCAGGGGGUGGGGCUAACUGUAACUCCUCCCUGCCUGUGAGGAUGGAGGAUUUCCUGAAGCGCCGUCUGGACCAGGUGACCAUUGACCUAUCCCAGCCACCCUACGACUCACUGCAGACGUACGAGUUUGAGGGGGGUGACUCCCGAGCGGGGUCGCUGAGCUCACUGGAGAGCGAGGGAGAGAGGGAGGAGGAGAGAGUGAGGGAAGCAGUAGACAAGUUGGACCAGAAGUUCCAAAGGCUGGUGAAAAUAAUCGAAGCGAGAGAACAAGAAAAGGAGUGUGACAGAAGGUCGGUGGAGGAGGAGACACUGAUAGGAGAUAGAAGCCAAGGUUUGGUUGUCAAUGACACAAGCAAAACAGAGAGUGUGGGUGAAGAGAAAGAGGUCUCAAGGUGGGAUUUUUAGAGAACCUGCGAAUCAAAGACACUGAAUAGGAGUUUGGAGAGGAGAGAGAAACACUCCAACGGAUUCAAUUUAAAUGCAAUACGAGGGUGUUAUGCACAACUUCAGAGAGAAAGUUAUGUUCUGUUAUGACUAAACUUCCUGCUCAUUGGCAAUGCAGCACAGCCGAGACAUGCCAGAGGAUCCAUUCAGCACACCUCAUGAACUCACCCUUCUGUGUUUAUUAAAGAGCAUAUAAAAUCUGUCACUUUUAGACUUCUCUUGUAACUGAUAUGAAUAAUUCACUUKGCUAAAGUUAUGAAAAAUUAAUUUUCUGAAAUAUUGAUUCCCAGCCCUGAAAGCUGCAUUGUUGGAAAAUAGGCCUCAUGAAAAAUGUAAUGCAAUUGUGAUAUGUAAUAUUGAUAGUUUAAUAGGGGCACUCUCACUCAGAACACUGUGUUCCCAAAUGCAUCAUUGAAACUGAAUUGAACCAAUUUAAAAAGUACACUUGCGUAAUGCAUACACAAUGAUACAUGGAGUUAAUAUAAAUAUAUAGGCUUGACUGAAGAAUCUGUCCACAUUACAUCCAGUCAAAUGGAAGCUGUUCUGAUGAUAACAUCUUAGUAGACACACUGUAGUAUACAGGUGCUAUGUUGCGUCACAAUCAGGAGGGAGCUCCUCUGAAUUGAAUUGUGUAGCCAACAAGCUACGUAUUGUGUAACUCCCAGUAAUUAUAAUCACAAUCACAAAAUUCUAUGAAACACUAUGCAAUUUGCACYCAGACCUGAGAUAUGUCCUUGAAGAAAGGAGCCUUGUAAAAAGUUUAAUAUGUUUCCUACUAUAGCGACAUGAUUAUGUGCAUUUUGUAAAUAUCAACCUCUGCAAUGUGGUGAUUAUUCAGUGGAGGAUUUCACACAAACCAKGAAAGUGUCCCUUUAUGAGUAGCACUGUCAUUAUUUCACUCACUGAAUACAAAAAAUGACAUCCAUAAUUUGUAGUGAUUAAAUGGUUGGUGUUGAAUAUGUCUCGUGACAUGUUAUUUCCCCCAGAUAGUUCAGAUAUUAUUUAAAAAAAAUA